AUGAACGUCAUCUACUCGUCGGUCAAGGAUUACGUGAGCAACGUGUUCCACCAGGACUCGGGCUCCGGCGCCAUCGACGUGGUGGCCGUGGAGCAGCCCGACGGCGCCCUGCGCUGCUCGCCGUUCCACGUGCACUUCGGUUCGCUGCACAAGCUCAAGCCCGAGGAGCGGCGCCAGGUGACGCUCGAGGUCAACGGCCAGGUCGUGGACCACGUGCGCAUGAAGCUGGGCGCCGCGGGAGAGGCCUACUUCGUCCGCCAGGUGCACGAGCCCGUCGACGAGAAGGACUACCUGGCGUCGCCGCUGCCGAGCCCCAUCAGCAGCAUCGGCGACGCGCAGGAGCUGCUGGUGCUGGACGAGCCCUUCACGACUGCUGUGGCCAAUAACCUCACGCUGGAGCCGGAGGACGAGGAGCACGCAGUUGCCACUGUUAAGAGGAGCGAGUCCUCCGACCGCUUGACGUGGGGCUGGGGCGCGCUCCCCAUAGUGCGGGCGGGGGGCGAUGUUGUGGACGAUUCUCUGCCAAUGAUGGUCAAGAGCUCGUCCGUGUACUUUGACGCUGUGGACAUUGAGGCCACUGCCGCGUUGUCUGCUGCUGGUGCUGUGGACUACUUCGACCACCCGUCCAUGUCUCUGUGUGGACACUUGCUGGACGAGGCCGAGACGGAGGAGGACGUGCACCGCAUCUUCUCGGAGCACAUCGUCACGUUCAACUUCUUCCGAGCCAACCCGGGGACCAUUCUGAGCGACCCGAACUUGCGCUUCCUGGUGGACGGCAAGCUCUCGCCCUACGACGCGGACAUGCAGGCGUACCUGGUGUCUCGAGUGCUGUUCCCGUACUCUCCGCACAUGAGCGUGGGCGUGGCUCCGAAGAAGAGUGUCAAUAUUUGUGACGAGAGCGUCAAGCCCCCUUCUGCGAGUCUCUCGCGCUCGAAUCUAACGCGCGGACUCGCUCUGGAGCCGCUGCACGAAGUCUGCAGUGACGACGGCGGGUCCACGCAAGACACCGCGAGCUUUACCAGCGAGCCGUACUUCAAGAAGAGCCUUAAGCCGUCGCAGGAGGAGCUGCUCAGCAUGGGGCUCCGAGUGGGGACCAACGACAUCUCGUUCGUACUGCGAUCACACGGAGCCGGCGAAGUGGCUCGCGUCAGUGCGAAUCUCUACUUGUGGCCGGUUACUGCGAAGGUGGUCAUCGCUCAGAUCGAUGGUGCGAUCUCGAGCAGCGCCGCUACUGGUAGUAUGUUCAAGCGCAGAGACCCCGCCGCAAUGCAUCCGGGAGCGGUGGAGUUCUACUCGCAGCUCGCGCGGAACGGCUACCGCGUCGUGUAUGUGACUUGCCACGGUCUGUCACAGGCCAACAUGCUCCACACACUGCUGCACAACAGCAGCGCGGAGGACGGGGAGAUCGCUCUACCCAUGGGUCCGGUUCUACUGUCUCCCGACCGCCUGCUUGCCACGUACAGCAACGAGAUGAUCGACGCUCAGGAUUUCAAGGUUGCAGCUCUGGGCGCGUUGCGCUCGCUCUUCCCCCGAGACGUGAAUCCGUUCUACGCGGCGUUCGGCACGACUCAAACCGACAGUAUCGUCUUCACACAGGUCGGGGUCUUCUCGGGCAAAGUGUUCGUCGUGGACCCUGCAGAUGGCACGCUACGGCACCGCUCGUUGCUGGGCUUCCGCGAGUCGUAUUCAAGCCUGAUGGACCGCAUGGACGGCAUGUUUCCGCCCAUUUACUCGCCGACGACCCAAGUCCCGUCGUUGGCGCCGAACAACUUACAGCUCGUACUCCACUCGGUGCCCAGCAACCUCAGCACGGUCUCGCGGCUAUCCAUGGUCGACGACGAGGAGCAGCUCGUGUCGGAGGCCGUGGCGUCGCAAGUGCGGACACGAAGUCUCGCCGACGAGGCGUACAAUGACCUCAACUUCUGGCGGAUCGAACCAGGCCGCGUGUAG